UUCUUGAACCGGCAGCGUUUGGCACAUGUCUAAUCGGAUUUUCAGCACAUGCACGCUUCCCUUCGAGAAAUUUCUACGCUAAUUUAUUCAUAAUCAAACGAAACAAAUUGUCCGACAAAAUCCGCGAAAGAUGGCUAUGCGAGUACCCAACGCGCCCGGUAUUGGGCAGAUGCUGAAAGAUGGUGCAAAACAUUUCCAUGGUCUUGAGGAGGCAGUUUACCGUAACAUCGGCGCUUGCAAGGAGCUAGCGAAGACAACGCGGUCGGCCUACGGCCCCAACGGUAUGAACAAGAUGGUCAUCAAUCACAUCGAGAAGUUGUUUGUAACCAACGACGCGGCCACCAUUCUCAGAGAACUGGAGGUGCAACAUCCGGCCGCCAAGAUGCUGGUUCUUGCCUCCCAACAACAGGAGCAGGAGAUCGGAGACGGCACCAACUUUGUCUUGGUCUUUGCCGGGGCCCUCUUAGAAUACGCCGAAGACCUGCUACGCAUGGGCCUGUCCCCUACAGAAAUCAUCGAAGGUUAUGAGCUUGCCUUGAAGAAAGCGCUGGAAAUACUUCCAGAUCUGUCUUGCGGAUCUCUCAAAGAUCUCCGAGACGAAGCAGAGGUGACGCGGGCGAUCCGGACCACAGUCAUGAGCAAGCAGUACGGCAACGAAGACUACUUCGCCAGUCUCAUCGCCAAAGCUUGUGUUGCAGUUCAAACCAAGACUAAGACAUUCAAUGUUGACAACGUCAGGACUACCAAAAUUCUUGGGUCUGGUGUCCUGAGUUCUAGCGUGGUCCAGGGCAUGGUUUUCAAGAAGCACGUGGAAGGGACCCUGUCUAAAGUGGACAAUGCUAAGAUCGCGUUGUAUUCCUGUCCCGUCGACACCUCGCACACCGAAACCAAAGGCACAGUGUUGAUCAAGUCGGCCAACGAGUUGUUGAAUUACAGCAAAGGGGAGGAGAACUCCUUGGAACUGCAAAUUAAAUCCAUCGCGGAGGCCGGCAUUAACGUGGUUGUCGCCGGCGGCAAGAUCGGCGACAUGGCCCUCCACUUCCUGAACAAGUACAACAUCAUGGCGGUCCGGCUGAACUCCAAAUGGGACCUGCGGCGGUUAGGCCGCGUCGUCGCGGCCACGGCGCUGCCGCGACUCACCGCGCCGACGACCCAGGAGACCGGACACUGCGAUCACGUCUUCAUAUCGGAAGUCGGAGAAACGCCGUUGAUCGUUUUCAAACAAGAUAAUGAGGAGAGCAGUAUCUCCACAGUCGUCAUCCGAGGCUCCACCGAGAACCUGAUGGACGACAUCGAACGUGCAGUUGAUGAUGGAGUCAACACUUACAAGGCACUCACAAAGGAUGGCCGUUUGGUGCCAGGAGGCGGAGCCACCGAGAUUGAGCUAGCCAAGCGGUUAGCCUCCUAUGGCGAGACCAUUCCCGGCCUGGCGCAGUACGCUAUCAAGCAGUACUCGCAAGCCUUCGAGGCGAUCCCGAGGGCGCUGUCGGAGAACGCUGGGGUCAAGGCAACAGAGGUGAUGUCUAAGCUGUACGCGGCCCACCAGGAAGGGCAGCAGAAUGCUGGGUUCGACAUUGAGGCGGAAGGAGCCGAAAUCAAGGAUAUGUUGGAGGCCAACGUUGUGGACGCUUACCUGACCAAAUACUGGGGGAUAAAACUGGCCACUAGCGCGGCCGUCACGGUCCUACGAGUAGAUCAGAUAAUCAUGGCCAAGCCAGCAGGAGGACCCAAGCCCCCUAAGCAAGGCGGAAUGGACCAAGAUGACGAUUAGAAACAUUCACCACUUUGUCUCAACAAAAUUUGUCAUUAAAUGUCGUAGAUCUGUAAAGCUUAUUAUGCACUGUAUCUGAAAGAUAUGUGUUUCGGAUGGAACAUGUUUUGUCGUGGGGUUGCAAAAUGGGUCACAAACGUUGUUCCAAAAUGUUGUUAUGAUGGUCACAUUCGAGAACAAAUUUGAAAUUUUAUCAGUCUCCCAACUGUCUCUCAGUCAAAAAAAAUGUACACCAUUUGGGUAUCAGAAGUGAAUGUUUCAGCAGGCGUAACAGUGCAAGAAAACUAUUUUGGCCAUUUCCGAAACUCUGGCUACAGAGUGGCUGUGGCCGAGGAACCUGUGCUACGUGAAACGUUUGUGCAAUAGGCUCCAAUGCACAUGUACAUGUAUGUGAACUAAUUCAGCCCAAAUUGAUUCGAAGCUUUCAAAAACAUUUGCUUUCUAAAACUCAUAAAAGCGAAACCUGGACUGAAGCCGAAAUUUCACAAAUGGCGAGUGUACAUGAAAAGUGCCUUGUACACAAGCGCAGCUUUUCUUUCGGUCUACAGAGAGAAAAAGUUACAUUUUUUUUUCUUGUAAAGCACAAUUUUUUAGUGAAAUGUUUUUUGUUUUGGUAUUUUUUUUUCUAUUAAAAGCCAAGUAUUAUGAUGUGUGCAGUGAGUAAAAUGUGACUUGUCCAAUAUAAAAAUUAUCAAAUGUUAUGAAAAAAAAGCAUUGUGCAAUGCUAGCGAUAAUUGGGGAUUGCAAGAGCCAGCGUUGUUGUUUUACCAAUCAAAAAAUGUAAACAUUUUCACAAAAUGUUCCUGGAAUAAAAAAUCUGCAUCAAAUC